AUGGCUCUGAACAAAUGCACUCUGCUGCGCCUGGGAAAUCGAAAUUCGGUCCCUGAUGCACGAACUUGCCAUCUGAAUGGAAUCCCACUCCAAGAAACAGAAAUACAGAAAGAUCUCGGUAUCUGGAUGACAGACAACCUCAAACCUUCUACACAGUGUUGUAAGGCGGCUAAAACUGCAACUUCAAUGUUGUACUUCAUCAAGCAGGCAUUUACGGUUUUUGAUGAAGACUGUUCCUCGAAAAUUUUCGCCCCUGAAAUCUACGAAGUCUUGAAAAAAUACGACUCAGAAUGGCUCGUUCCCUUUGGCAACGCGUGCAAAAAUAGUAUCCUUGGCGAGGACACUGCGGACACCCACACCGAUACAGCAGACGAAGACAACGUCCUCGAACUAGAUGCGACAAAUUCAGAUGCGGCGAUGCCAGAUACGAUAAUGGUACCGGCGAAGGCCCCAAAACAAAAUCUGGAACGUGGAGACCCACCUCUCGUGCUUCCUGCUACAGUUAUCGAUAAAACAUGCGAGGUGGAACACGCCGAAACCCACAAACAAGAGAGCCAAGCUGCAGGGUGUGCCGAAGGUUUCUACUUCGAAGGUUCCUGCAUCUAA